GGAAGGACGCUAAGGAGGAAGUACCGGAGGAGAUUCCGCUCGGCCCUCCCUGCUUACCUGAGCCAUAGGCAGGCUGUGGGGGGGUGUGGACGGUGGUGCCCCUGCGCAGGCUGCGGAUCAGGCCUCCCGUCUCGCUGGAAUUGCUACUACUGGUGUAAAGACACUGCUGUGAAGACAUCCUAGUGAUAGUUCACCUUGAUCACCAGAACAAACUCCACAAGAGAUGGAAGACACUGAGCCAUGGUAUUCUCAGCAAGUGUACGCAAAAUACUGGAAGCACUAUGACUUAGCCAUGCGCUGGAUGCGUAGACACCAACGAGCCUACAGAAAAGCCAUGGAGUCCUUUUAUCACCUACCGUGGCAUCUUCCUGCAGCCUUUCCAAGUAGUCACUACUCAGAUUGGGAUGGGAAUGACUUCCCACAUACCCAAAGCUAUUCUUCCAGCUCUAGGCCAAGUGGCAGAGCUGUGUACCAGAGGGGAGCUCAGCAAUAUGCAGAUGCCCACCAGGAGAGGGAGGAUGCUGAUGGGGAUUCUGAAAUGGAGGAGGACUCUGAGUCUGAAGGGGAGAUAGAAUAUGACUUGAGUAACAUGGAGAUCACAGAGGAGCUUCGCCAGUUUUUUGCACAGACAGAGGCACACCGGGAAGAACUGCGGAGACAACAGCAGCUGGAAGCUGAGGACCAAUACGUGGAGGCUGAUCAAGACCUUCACAAAAGGACAGGACGUUCCGUGCAGCCACCCACAGAAAGACCUGGGGAGAGGCGAAUGGCAGAAAUGAAGAGGCUGUAUGGUGCUGGAGCUGAAAAAAUCCAGGCAAUGGAGGCUGCCAUGCAGCUUAUCUUUGAUAGAAGCUGUGACAAAAAGCAGCCCAAAUACUGGCCUAUUAUUCCCCUUAAGCUGUGAGUACCUGGUCUGUGCUCUGACCUGGCACAGGUCUGGAUGGAUGGCUGCCUCUAUCAGGUUGUGCUGCUGAAAGAAACAAGUGCAAAUUUUGGGUUUGGCUGAGCUUUGGGGCAGAGACUGGCAAGGGCAGCAUCUUUCUUGCCUGUCAGUGAUGAUCACAGUCCAUUCUACCUACAUACAGUUGUCAAGUAGUGAAUAGCUAUUGUCAAGCUGUCAAUAGGAGGGACAGUAACAUAAGCCUGUCCAAAGUCAUAGUUUCACUCAUUUGAUACCUGCCUGCCUUGACCAUGCUUGCAAGAAAAAUAGCAAUGUCUAUAGUGAGUGAACCAUGAAAAUUUAAAGAAGUGAGGUAAAGAAAAAAGACUAUACAAAUUGUCUGCUUUUCCCAUUUAGGAAAUGAGCAAUCCCAUUUUUCAGUCUCACUUAACAUAGUAGCAUUUGGAUCCUGUUUAACACAGCACAGCCUGAAGUGUUAUGUCUGCUGAUCUUGGAGGGUUUUUUUGAGAACCGGGAGUCCACUGGCCAAGAUACAAUAUAUUAAAUUACUGUAGCCCAGCCAUUUGAAUUCUUUUACAAAUGUUUAUAAUAAAAGCAGGAAAUUUUUGUUCCAGACUGAUACUUGUCUGGCAGAAGUUUGACUCUAAAGAAAUAUUAUAUCAAAAAAUGUUUUAAUGAAGGGGGUGGGGAGAGUAGCGGUGAAGUCUGAUGAUGUGGUCCUGUCUGUCAGAGAUCUAUUUAGCAGAAGAGAAACUUGCACUCUUGAGGCCAAUGCCUACAGUGAAUUUUACCAUUCAAAUAAAAAGUAUGUAAUUGGGUUAAAGCUUUAAAGGAGACAUACUAGUUUGAUAGAUAAGGGUACGUCUGUAUGCUGUAUAUGGAGGUGUGGAAGCCAUGUAGCCCUGAGGGGUAUGUUUAUUUUAGGUGCAGCUUUCCCAUGCCCACCCACAUAUUACAUGCACAAAGCUUAAACAUAGGCAAGUUAGAUGUGCUUCUGUGUGUGUACUCAUCCAUCUGUACAGCCUGUUUUGCUCCACUUCUGUCAGUCUCUACUUUUGGUCGCUUAUGCUUGCCUCACUAAUCGCUGACCAGGUGGAGGGAGGCUCAUGAGUGGUCUAUGUAAGAGAAGCAGAACUGGCCCUUAAGUGCUGGUGACUACCUUAGAAAAUAGUACCCUGGAUGCUUCCAAGGACAUUCUGUGAAGUAUCUGCUGCUACGUAUUGUUUUGUGUUGAAGGACUAUAAUUUGUAUGAAGCAGCAUUUCUAUGCCAGGGCAAAGGAACCUUAUGCUGUUCUACUUGUGACAAAGAUUCACAUGUCUUUCUGGCAGUAGAGGGAGGUCACAAGUUAACUUCUAACUUCAGUUCAUGCCCACUAUGUCUGGUGUAUCUCUAUGGCAUGCAUAGUUUGUAAUACACACCAGCAGUUGCUGUGCCCUCUGCAGCAGGCAGCUGCACCAAAGUAAGUCUGUGGUGCAGUUUAGAGUAUCUUUGGUUUUACUAUUAGUUACUAUGGUUUUUCAAAGCUGCAUUUUGGUUUCAGUGACAAAAUGGAGUUAAAUUGAACACUGAAAUUAAAAGCCCCAGUCUCCAAGACUUCCUAUUGGUGUGAUUAAUCUGAAAAACUUGUGUGAGACAGGAGGGGGAAAAGGGUUAUGAACAGUCCUGAAUUUGUCUUUGCUCUUGUUUUUGGUGGGUUUUGCCAGAAAUUCAGUGUUUUGUAUGGGCUUCCAUUUGGUCACCAAAUAAAUUUGCUUUGUAACA